AGUUCUUCUUCGCUGAGUUCUUAAUAAUGCCGCCGAGCGUUCCGCAUUUCCAUCAGUAUUUCCAUAAUUGCGAGCUUGUUGUUGAGAAGAGAUGAAUCAUGAGAUGAAACAACGAUAUGGAUAUCGUGUCUCUGGCCCUUCGGAGGAUCUCGCGGCUCCAUUGUCCAUCGAACUAGGAGUCUGUUUGUCCCUCUCAUUGGGUACGAGGACGUGACUUCUUCUAGGCUGUUCCGUUUUUGACGACGUAACUAAAGGAGACGAUAGCAGGAGGCGAAGCACGUGAAGAAGAUCGCAUUUGCAGGCAGGGCAGCGGAGACAACGCAAAAGUAGACGAUUUCGCUUUCCGGGGCGUCGACCACGAGAGUACAGCUACUUACUUUAGUACGACUAACUACAAAAGCGUUGUUUACACCUGUUUAAUGCUGCAUUAGCUCGCAGUACGACGUCCGCCGACGACCUUUUGGAGGGAGUGCCAGAUGUAUUGAGCAAGCUUGUUUUCCACAACGAACCGAAAAUUCCCAUCGACACCGAAGAUCCUAGUGCAUGUGCAUCUUCGCGACGGAAUCAAUCUGACAGAAGAUCGUUGCCGAAGUACACCAAAAGAUGAUGCAGCAGGACGUGGUUACGCUUCAGCGCAUGCUCCAAGAGCGCGAAAUGCAGCUCAUGGAUGCGCAGAGGCGAAUGCGGUCGCUCGAAAUGGCAGCGCAGGAGUUGGAUGGUGCGCGCGACGCGAUGCGAGACCGCGACUUGCGGGACCAAGAACAAGGACAGAAAAUCCGCGACCUACAGAUGUUGCUGGAUAGAGAGCGAUCGAGUAUUUCUUUUUCUUUCAUGAUCAUGAUGAAGACACAACAGGACUUAUUAUAUAGCGUAGUUUGGUGGAAACAACAGGGCAUUAGCGUAGUUUGGUAGACCGAAGCAGGUUAAACGUCGUAGAAGAAGAAGAUCAAAGAAGGAUAUUGAUUUGAUUAGGUAAUUGCAAAGAAGGACAAUAAGAAUGCCGAUUAUCAUGUCAGAUGAAAAAGUGACCAUCAUGUACUCAGACGGAGUCCUGAAUCUCCUCUAUUCUCACAUGAGUGAAAUAGAAUGCCGUCCCUCCAGAUAGCCGUUCAAGACUAAUUGAAUUAGUUCCUUAGGUAACUUUGCUAAUCGACAAUCAAACCGCUCAGGUCGCCAGGCCGGGGAUGAAGAAUUGAUGCGAACGCGGCAAGAGCGGAACUUAUUUCAGGAGCAGCUACGGGGCAUGACGAGUACACAAAUGGCAGCCGACCAGGAUGCAACGAAGAACAUAAAGUCUCAGACGGAGCUCAUGUUAAGGCUAGCACUUGUUUCGUAACAUCCAAAUCAAAUACAUGUUCCAGGGGUGGAGGCUCCCCCCUGUGGAUGGAGCGGUGGUGAUGUCCGCGCGCCCUUUUUCCCGCGGUGGUGACGUGUACUAGGGACCUCCGGGGGCCAAGGCCUCAAAAGGCGGAGCCGGAGGCCCCUGGCGGCUCUCCGCGUGUGCCCGACUCUUGGACCUUAUCAGGCGGGCGGCCUCCGGGGAAGAAGGCCGCCGAAGGCGGCCACGGUCACGAGGCCUGGCCCCGGAUACAUGCAGCACAGCGAAAGGGGUCAAGCCUUGCCACCUGCUUCUCUCGGAGGCCUUUCACCUCCCAAGAGACUCCCCCAGUGAGGAACCCGCACGCUGGAGGUCUGUAGUGUACACGCAACAAGCCGCAACAAGCCAAAGGGGGCCACCCUUGCCACCUUUGCCACCUUCGGAAGCCUUGCACCCCCGGCCUUCGGUUGGCGAACGGCCACAGGGAUGGGGGCUCUGUAGGGUCCAGGCAAGAAGCGGGAAGGGUUCGGAGGUGGGCUUUUGGAGGCCUUCCCGUCCGGCUGUCCCUCAGGAAAAAGGGUCCGGGGCGGGAGGCCCCGCCUCAAAAAGUUAGAUCGGGGGGGCCUUGGCCCCUGGAACAUACAUUACAGCAACCCACGACAGCAUAGGCAAUUAGGUCAUUCAUAGAUAGUAAGAAGUCUACUUCUACAACACUGAAGCAGAUAUUUUACUUUAGCGCCGCCUGUUGUAGUAAUCAAUGUAUAGUUGAUGUUCUUCGUACACAAUCACAAGACAUUUAUCCGGACGUAGACCUUCACCUUCUAAGAAUGCGACACCUCAAUGAGUUGGAAAAUAUGAAUUCUACUCUGGAAACGCAGAAUCAGGAGCUACAGCGACAAAUCAAGCAACUGGAGAACCAAGACGACCGUGCCAAAGAAGUUGCCGAGAUGCAUGAGCAUCUUGACAGCCUUGAGGAGAAACUGCAUCACGCCGAAGAAGACAUCGAGGAAUUCCAACGCGAAAAUCACUACCUCAAGACGGCACUGGAAGUUAAGCUCCAAACUAGCAUUUGAUUAUACCUGAAGACUCUCUUUAACUACAUCUCAUCUUUAGCGUCAACAGGUACAGAAAGGAGUGAUAACCGGCUUUGUUUCCUCCCUCGUAGUUCUAGUUUCUUCAUCGCAUUACUUAGUAGUACUGCUUGCGCACGGAUCUGGGUAGUUUUAUUUGGGGAUUAGUGAGCAACAAGCAUCGCGGGGAGCCUUCCACUUCUUGUGGCGUAAGUACACGGUGCUUGCCGUAGCUCUUCUACCUUCAGUGCGGCACUCGGGUUAGAAAAAGAUCUUGAUGAAGAUGUAAAUGAUACGUUACGUUGCACGUGAUGCAGGAAGCCUAAGGUCUGCACACUCACCUGCAUUCGGCAGAUCUACUCAAUUUGCUGUUGCAAGGAAGGAUUUUUUCUAACUACUAGAAGACUGUCCAGCUGGAGGCAGCCCACCGCUUCGAGGCUGAGUAUGACGCGCAUAUCACAGAAGCUAUGGCGCGAAAAGACGAAGAACUGUCUGCAACCGAAAAACAGAGUCAGGCUUUGGCUGCUAAGGUCGCAAGUCUGGAGCAGGAGAUUGGCGAAGUACGGAAAAUCGCAGGGCUUUCAGGUAAAAGUUUUCCAAAAGCACAGGCGUGUUUGAAAGCUAAGUUGGUAGAGAGACAACUAUCUGCGAUCUAGACAUAAGAGAGGAUUCUCCAUCCAAUAUCUAUACACUAACUACACAUUUUAUUCGCUUAUAAACAGAACGUUCACCUCCUCGUCCGAGCAGCCACAUCAAAAACAGGUGAUAGUGGGUCGCUGGAGGACUUGAUGACGAUGGUCCACGAUAGAGAUUUGGAGAUUGAAAAUCUCUAUGAUCGGGUUGACACGUUGGAGACAGAACUGGGGCAGAAGAUCGAGGAGCACAAGCUUAUGGAGCGUCAGGACUUCAAGAACCAGGAUCAGCAAGGCUUGAUGCAGUUAUGAUUUUGGAUCACUGUUGUACCAGUCGAAUAGCAAAAAUCAUAAUGGUGAACGUAAUUUGCAUGCCUAUUUGCACUCAAAAAACGAAAAGAUAUUGGACGUUGGCUAACUUGUAUUGAUCAACCUUCUGACCUGGCAGUUACCGUACGACAUCACAUGGAGCAACUUCUUGUUCUUCUUCUUGCUUUUUUCAUUUAGCACUAGCUGUAUUAUUUUCCGUGCAUUUUUGAACAACUCCAAGAACUUCUCUUUUCCCCUCUUUCUAAGGAAUGGUGCGAUUGACGAAUUGAGACGUGAAGUUGGGGACAAAGACAAGCGCCUGUAUCUUUUAGAACGCGAAAAAUCCGACUGGCUGGCGUCUAUGGGGCCAGAAGCAUUCGAUUUGGACAAGCAACUAGCGGGCAUGCGCACUGAGAACGCGCACAUGGCAACGGAGCUGAGUGACCUAAAACAAGAGUUAGGUCAGUAUUUGAACGAGGCAUCGAACGUAAUGUAUGAAAACCAGCUUCUGCGGCAAUGGUCGAAUAUACCACCAGAGCAACUACUCGACCUGUCGGAAGUCAAAUUUAUGCACAGACCUCUACACAGACCACAUCGAAGGUAACUGUUCCUUUUAUUUUCGUUAUUUUCAUAUAGGCGGAAGACAUCGAUAUGCUCUAGAUGAUACAUCAAGAGUAACUAUGUAUUAUGUUCGUUGUACUCAAAAAUACUCGCAGUGAUGAUAUACUUGGUCUUUAUGACGAUGCAAGGACCCAAAGGAGGCACUCAGGCCUAGUACGUAGGUAAUUAUCUCCCGCGUUCAUACGCGUGAAGGAAAAAGUGUCGGCGUCAAAGGCGGUGUCGAUGCAGCGGCAACUGGAGAAGGAGAUAUUGGACCUCGAGGAUGAGCGUCUCCAGCUGAAGAUGAAGCUGCGCAGUCUUGCUGCAUUGGCCAGCGAGCGAAGCUUAAGGCUAUUGUUCAUUUUUUCCACAUUUUUAGAACCGCCUGACAAGAAAUAUAUGGAACAAGUGACGGUGAUAUAGUCAGGUGUUCUCGGAGAAGAUUGCUGCAGUCACUGUCAUGAAACAAAAACUAGGUGCACCUCUAAGAACAACUAUUUUCAACGGGAUGGAUCCGGAACAGAUGCUCCAGCUGGAGCAGAUCGCGGAGACCUUGCGUCGUGGCCAGCUGGAGAUCCCGGAGACCGACAACAGCCGCGAGCUGCGAAAGAAAGUGCAGGCACUGGAAAAACAGCUCUCGAACAAAGACAAGCAAGUUUCGGAUAUGCUAACGCAGCACGUGGACCGCAAAAUGGACGAAGUGGUUGGAAAAGUCAGUGAAAAUGCACAGUUGAAGGAAAGGUACUAACUUUUAUGCACAGUAAUGCUUUUUGACUUUCCGUUGCUUGUCAUACAACACUUUUUCAGGAUAAUGCUACGCAAAUCCAUCUGCAAUCACUGCCACGCAAUGAGAACUUAGCAGGGAGCAUUUUUAUAAACCUGUGGCACAUCGACAGAAUAAUCUUCAUACUUGAGUAACCGUAAAAGAAGCUGACGCGUUAUUUCAGGGUCGCCUUGCUUGAAAAGGAGAACACUGAGUUGAAGACUGAGGCAGGAAAGUCGAUCUUGAUGCCGCAGGCACAGCAGAAUCCUCAGGCUCUACUGAAGAUGGCAGGGGGACUUGCCGGCAUGAUGAAGCAGGUUGGCGGAGCAGCCGGCGCAUCCUCCUCUUAUGGACUCUACUGCUCUUCUGAGGAAAACAAAGACAGGAGCAGGAAACAAGUUUAUUUUUAUCAUCAUUUUCUAUUUCUAGUGAGGUGCUCCACCACAAUUGAAAUAAUACUGAACGGACAGCAUUUAUUGAGAGUGUCCUUACAGAUAUUGCUGGGUGUUGUAAUGGAAGGCGUCGUCACAAAUAAGUACUUGUCGUGCUGUGCUAAUUUCAGAAGCCUGAUGCCCAAAGCGACGCUCUGCAGCAACAGCUUGCAGCGAUCCAGAAGCAGCAGCAAGACCAGCUUGCGCUGUUUCAGCAGCAGAUGCUCCAAGGUGCGCGCGAUCAAGCCGGAACGCAAACUAGUCCUGUGGAAGAGAAAAAAGCCGCGACUCCAAAUAAGCUUGGUGGCAAGCUUCUGGGCGCGGCCGCGUCGCUGCGUCGCGCGCAGGCAGAGGAACAGCGCAAGAAGCUAGAGGAAACUGAAAAGAAGCUCCAGGACCAGGAGAAGGCACUGCAAGCGGAGCAAAAGAAACGCGAGGAAGAGAGCAAGCUGCUCUCCGAUGCUGAGAAAGCAAAGCAGGAUGCUGAGCGGAAAGCACGAGAGCUUGCUGGAAGAUUCACGGAAGACGAGAGACGCCUACAAGAAGCGCACAAAGCGGUCGAGUCAGCGCGCAAAGAAAAAGACGCACAACAGAAGGUCCUAGCAACUGACACCUACAUGAGGAACCAUUUUUCUGCCACUAACUACAUGAUCCAAAUAUGACUUUAUGAGCGCUAUUUGAUACCGUACGGUAGCAGCUGACGAAGCAAAAGGCUUUACUUCCGAGAGCCUUCUGAGUUAGUUUCCUCAACACACAAUCGUUGUUUGAGAAGUAUGAUUUGAGACGUAAGAACAUUUUCACACUGUGCGAUUCAAUAGGACGCAAGAACGCAACUACAAUCUCUACUACAGGCUGCGACUGAAGCUGCGAAGCAGGCAGCUGAAACCCAGGAGGUCGCCCGCGCAGAAAUUCAGAGCGUGGCCCCGUUGACACCGAGCCUGCCAUCUCUGACACCCGCAGCGAUGCAGGCGCCAUCGAUGUGUACUUCUACUUGAGUUUUUUGAGACCACAACUUUUCACUUGCGGUUGCCCCACCUGAUCUCUGUCAAAAAAAGGCUCUUCCACCUUUCUUCUCUAAUCCAAUCGACCAUUUUUUUUUUGCCAUUCACAAACUUUUCUUCCUUUCCAGUCGCACCAAUGGUGCAGCCGCCGCCAUUGGUCUUACCGCAGCAGUAUAUUCAACCGAGCGCGAGGACGAUGCCAAUGUCCGCUGGCGGCAGUUUGUCAGCGAUGGUUAUGCCACCGAUUCCGGGUUUGCCGCCGUCUGGAUACUCUCAGCUUUUCAACCAAGGCGUUCAAAUGCCGAAGCUCCUCGCGGAAGGCAGUAUAAUCAAUCUCAUGCUUUAUUUUUACCUGUGAUGUUCAACUCUGCUCGUCUACGUAAUGGUUAAGCAGAAUUCAUUACAUAGUGAUUCUGUCUAUAUGGCUGUGGAUAUCUUCAUCCCGUUGUGGGUGAAUUUUCUCUGCUGAAGAUUGAUCAUAAUUCUACAAAUGCACCUCCUGAAUAUUUCAGGUGGGCCAAUGAGUCAGCGAGACGCGUGUGCGUUAUAUGUGCAGUUGGUAGAGUUGUCGGAGGAAAUUGCGCGUUUAACUGAGGCCAAUAGUGCGCACAAGUCUGAUUUCGACAAUUUACGGGGAAAAUACGAACGAUUGAUGGCGGAACGUGAGGUCAUUUAUCAGGACUUCUUCAAGCAAAAGACUGGAUGGCUGGAUGAAAAGAGCGGUCUGGAGAAAUUAGCCGCAGAUAAAGAAGAAGAGGCGAAGUCUCUGCAGAAUCAACUUAAAAGUCUGCGCACACAGUAUAUCGACAAUGCAACCGGGUCCGCGGCUGCUUCGGUCGCAGGUGAUGCUGAUUCGGCGGGCAGUCGCGAAAAAAUGGUUCAGCUGAUGCAACGUGUCUCCAUUCUGGAAGAGCAAGAGGCAAAGAUGGCGCGCAAGUACCAGGCAUUGUCAGAGGAUUACAGCAGCACAAAGGCCGCAUUGGAUACCAUCGAAUUUCAAGCUGGUGAAGCUGAGACGUACCUGAAGCAGAAGAUAUCACAACUGGCAUUGUGGAAACAGCGAGCUGAGAACGCGCUGCGCAUCGCCUCGAAGAAGAUUUUGGACAUGGUACCGGUGACGGAGUACGAGCGUGUGAACAAGCAGCUGCAGGUGUGCGCACAGCGGGAGAUGGACUUGCUGCGGCGUCAGAGCGAUCUGUACGUCGUGAACGCAGAGCGCGAGGACCGGCUCCGCCACCUUGUGCGCUUGGAAGACCGCGCCCAGUCUCUGGAGAACAUCUCGCUGGAAGCAGAACACGAACUGGCGCAGCUCCGCGCACGGCUGCAACAAUUCGACGAGAAUUUUGCACGAGAGUGCACGCUCUAUCGCACGCUGGUUGCGAGUCUGCAUGCGCGAGUGGGCCACGCUGGCGAGUUCUUCUACGAGGGCCUCUUCCAGACGCAAGACGUUGUGGCGCCGGAUCGCAAGGUCGAGGACCGGCUUCGACAGUUAGACGGCGACCGUGACGGCUUUAUUACACUCGGAGCGCUCUUCGACUACUUGCAGAGCCUGGACAUCGACGUAGCAGCUGAGGAUAUGGAAACUAUUGGCAAAUCAGUGAACGCAGAGGGCGGCGGACUCGGUGGUACAGUCACGCUCGGCGGCAGCGCAGAUGCGUCGUCGGGAGCGGCGGCCGACGUGUCGAUGACCGGUCAGCAGGGCGGCAACGUGCCGUGGGCUGGACGCAGGCUUUCCGUGCUCGCUUUCGUUGCGAAGCUGCGCCUCUUCGGUCUCCAAAAGAAGUCUGGGGAAGAGCUGUUCUGGGCUGCAGUCCGCCAGCGCGUACCGCAGGAAGUCAACUUCUUCAAGAUGUUGCACGUUUUCGCAGCCCAGGACGAUACCGUGAAAGUGGGUGACAUCUUCCAGGUGUUCAAGACCUUCGGGUUGCCCCUGGAGGAGCAGUUGGCAGGUGAGGACCUCUUGCAGGUGGCCACGUGGUGCGGCUAUGCUGCGGACCCGACAGCGGCGCCGCACGCGGCCGAGCGUCAGCACUUACUGCAUGUCGCGCGCAUCAACUACAAGGAGUUUGUGGAGCGCGCUAGAAAACGGUUUCAAGCCGCGAGCAGGCUGCUCGACAUCGAGCAGGAAGCAGCACCGGGUGCGAGUCCUUCUGCAACGAGCGGAGCCGGGGCGGGCGUUGGUGGCUCUCUGGCAGGCGGCGUGCAGUCUGCGGGCCCAGGAUCAGCGGGCUCGGGCUCCGCCGAGCCGUCGGCGCGUUCUGGUGUGAACCAGCAGCUCUCUUCUGCACGUGACGGCCCAGCACCCAACAACGGAGGUGCUGGCGGUUUCCUCUUCUAUCCGGAAACACUCCAGUCUGAGAUGUCCUCGAUGGCAGCGGGAUACAGUGCGGCGCAGCAUGGAGCACUUCCUAUUCUCGGUGGUACUUCAAUGCACCACCACAGUUCUCUGGCUUCUUCUGCGCGCGGCGGUGACAAUCGAGCGCAGAUGAGCGCGCAGGUCGCGGAGUGGCGCAUGGCAGCUGCGAAUCGGCGUGCGCACACGCUUGAGUUGGAGUUGAAGAACAAAACGGCCACGCAGAAAGAACUGUCAAAGCAAGUGGGAGAUUUGGAAGCGCUGAGCUUGCGUUUGGAGAAGGAGCUUCACGAGGAGCGCCAGCGUCGCGCCGACAGCGAGAUUCGACUCACGAACAUGCUAGAAAAAGACGAGGUGGAGCCCAAACUUCGGCUAGCCGAGAGUGUGCUGUUCGAGAAUGAGCAGCUGAAAGCGCAGCUGGCUCAGCAACGCGACAUGGUGGCUGUGUGCGCGAAGCAGAGCGAAAAUCUUGAACGCUUGAUCAAACGUCGACAAGAGGAGAAAAAGCAUUUGCAGGACACCGUGCGCAUGCUGCAGGCCAGCGACGAGAUCGAGCUCGCGGUGGGAAAGACGCAGUACAAGUUGCUUCUCGCGCAGUGGGAACGCUCACACGCGACACGAGAACUGCAAAAUGUCGUUGGCGAACUACGCUCGAUCCGUGCGGCGGAGGCAGACACGGCCACAAGGCUCGACUUGGCAACCAAGAACUACCAAGAUGAGAUCGCGGAGUUGCGCCAGAAGCUCUCUGACUGCCUCAUCGAGAACGACAAACUGCGCCAGGAUGUGGCUACGAACUUUACGCCCGAAAAAGCUCAACAGCUGAGCAACCAAGUCGAAGAAAUCUCUCUUAUGCUGAGCAAUUUUUCGAAAGUGUAGCACUGGUGGAACUGAAACUAGCGCUGGUGGGUUAGUUGUAAUCUCAUCCCUCUAAAAUAUUUCAUCAUCAUCACAACAUGUCACUCAGGAGUCGCAGUUCCUUUUUCAGUCUUCACCUAAGAAAGUGAUGAAUUUCGCGUUUCCUCAAAUAUUUUUAUUUGCCUCCUCACGCGUGUGCUUAGGCUUAUUCUCGUAUCUUUUCAUUUUGUAGCGGAAAACCGAACUGGAGCGUGACCUAGAAAGCGUGCGACGCGAGAAGAACGCUGCUGUGGCACAGCUGGAGAUGGCAAAGGAGCAGGCACGACAGGCCCAAGAGCUGUUCGAGGACCUAAAGAGUUCCCAGGUCGAGGAUGCUCUAAAACGUGGCAACGAUGAACUAGCAGAAUCGCGAAAGAAGGUAAUGAGCCUUGCAACCAAGCUCAGUGAUACCCGGUUAGAGAGUUUACGUUGCCAGCGCAAGCUAGACGCCAUGGCGGAGCAGCAAGAAAAUCUGGGUAGAUCUGGCGACCAGAAAGAGAAGACCAUUGAGUACUUGCAAAAGCAGUUGGCGCAAAGUGAGCUGCGUCUGCAGCAAGAGGAGGAGCGGUGGCGGCUGAAGUUGCGUGAGGGCCACGAGGUAAUGCUGGCAAUCCAGAACAACGCGACAACGCAAAGCAAGCCUGCGAUGGGCAAGGCCAAUGCGGACGGGGCAAGUAGUCCUACUGGACCAGACGGGGGACGGGGAUCGUUCCAGCAGCAAAAACUUACCAUAUUCGGCGGUGGCGAUUCGUCGAUGCGACAUCGAUGGAGUCUGCAAUCCGGGAUCGAGGAUGUCUUGGAUAAAUUGCAGAAAAAGACAGAAAAGGUUCAGGAAUUGGAGGAAGACAUUCAAAGGCUAGAACAAAACCACUUGAUGCUGCAGGAAACGCAGCAACGCAAACUGAAGAAUGCCGAAGUCCAAAUCAAAUUGCUUCAAGCCAACCUUGGCGGGGACGACGCCGCUACAAAAUUCCGCACGGAACUUCUGCGCGAGCAUGAUGUUAUGAAUAAUAAAUAGAAAUCUUUAUUACUUAGAUCUGUGUUUUUCGUGAUCAUGAACGUGAUCAUCUUCUGUAGUUGUUGAUUUUUGAUACUGGCAUCAACAUCUAUCAUGGCAUGUGAAUCUCUUACGUACAAUCACGUAAGGACUUGUUCGGGGAAGGACGGACUUGCAUUUCUCACUAAGCCCCACGCACGUGCUUUUCCUCCCUUUCAUAGUGUAGGAAGUGAAGAAGGUGGGUGAAGCGGCAAAGCAGUCCGUUGCUCUGUUGCAGGAUCUGGUAGACCAGAAAGAAGAGCAGCUGCGCACAAGGAACGGACAGAUCGAAGAGCUGCAAAUCAAGAUCAAGGAGGACCGCGGCUACCACCAGCAAGAAGUUAACGCAUUGAAGACGCAGUUGAUCCAGGCAGAAAGCGCGCUAAAUGUCCAGAACGUGAAGCUUUCGGCUCUCCAACAGGGUCGUGGUGGACCUGGAGGCCAAGGCGCGGCGGCGUCACAGAACGAGACCGCACUGAAAGUUCUGCGCGAGCACGGCGCGAUGGUGUCGCAGGCCGAAGGCGAGUCGCAGCAGCUUCAAAGACACCUUUCCACGAAAGAAACCGAGAUCGUUGAGUUGAAACAGAAGCUGGCGGAACGAGUGCGCGAGAACGAGCUGGCAAAGCACGAGCAGCGUGCAUUAGACAAAAAGCUUCAGGAGGCGGAGAAAAACUACGACGCCAGCAAUCUCGCGCGCAUUGUGCAGAUCUGCCGCAAGCAGCUGAAGGAGAAGCAAGCCGAGAUCGUGAAGCUGAAGGACACGGUCGAGAAGUGGAAAACGGAACAGAUCGAGGUGGAGGCCAAGAAGCUGACGGCGCAAGACGAGGCCAAACAGAGCGAGCAGCAGGAGCGCGUGUUGCGCAAGCAGGUGCGGCAGUACGAAGACCGGCUUGAGGAUAUGAAACGGCGUAUGCUGGCACUCCAGGACGAGGUGAUCGCGACGAAGAGCAAGGAAGCAAGUAACGCUAUGGUGCAGCGCUCGCAGGAGGCUUCAGAGGCAAAGCUGAAAGCACUCCUGGAGGAGGCGCGCGUUGCGAUUUCCGGCAAGAUGAAAGAGGUAGAUGAAAAGGAUGCGAGAAUCAAGCGAUUAUUGGACCGCGUGGACGACCUAGAAAUUGAAGCGGAGCAACUGAAAAAACGCGCGCCGGGAACUGCUGCUACUGCAUCAGCUGGACCGCCGUCCUUUGGGUCCCCGAGUCUCGGGUCCCCCGGCAGCGGCAUGCCCACAACGAUAACGGGCCUGCGACAAAAGCUUCAGGACUUGGAGGGCGAGAACAUGAGACUGAAGCGCAAGCUCGAACGCGCGGAUUCAAGUGGCACCGGUUCUCCCCGAGCCGGGGCAGUGGCUGGCAGCUCGCUGUCCGCAGCUGAAACCGCAGAAUUGCGAGAGGCGCUUGCGCGUGUGAGGCGCGAGCGGGACGAACUGAAACAGCAGCAGUCGACGCCGGUUUCGCCGUCUUCCUCGCUCGGCCUAGCACAGAAGAACGACUUGCUGCGGCUGCAGGUGGUCAAGUUGAAGCAGCGUUGCGAGAAAUCAGCGGAGGAGUACGAGGCACUAAUGCGACGGGCACGUGGAAUGUUGCUCAUGGUGCAGCGUGGCUACGACCCGAAUCUUGCCAUGAACCUGCAGCGAGAAGUACGAGGCCUACUGGAGGAACUCGAUUCGAACUCGAAAAAGGUGAUGUCUCUGGACUUCGCAAAGAUGUCACAAGACCUGUCCACGCUCACAGCCGGAUCGAGCACUGGAGCACCGGCAACCGCAGGUUCGGCGACCGGCUUGAUUGGCAGCACAUCACCCGCAAUUGCGUCUGUGGGCACCGUUGGCAGCGGGGAGGCCGAGCGGCUGAACGCCGAGAACAAACGUCUCGCGGAACAGGUGGAUGAGCUAGGCGCGUUGCGAAUGAAGAGCAGACGAUUGGAGCAGGAGGUUGCCGAGAUGGAGACGUUGCGUCGGCGGGUGCGCGAGAUGAGCGCAGUUUCACCCGCCAGUCGCGGGAUGUCGAUGGAAGAAGAGACGCGCUUGCGCACGGAGCUCAAGCAGACCCAGGACAAGCUGUAUGAAGCGGAGACGUCAAAGACGCGACUGACACGGGAGAAGGCUGAUUUGGCCUCAGCACAGGGUGCCGGCGCAUCGCCUUCGUCCGCCUCUCAAGCUAUGCUAGACCGCGUGCGCGCGCUUGAGCAGGAGAACGCACGUCUGCGAACAUCGUCGACGUCCGGAUUCGGCGCUACUGCUGCAGCCACAACUAGUCCGUACGGUGGGUCUAUGGCCGCUUCCUCGGGAGAGGCCAUCGCGUUGCGUUCUCAGCUGAACGCCGCUCAGGACCAAGUGGCUGUGCUUGACCGACGCUUGCGCGAGGAACAGUCCGCAAUGGUGCAGUUGAGGGACGCGCUCGCGAAGAAGAUGGCUGCCUCAGCACAGCAGCAAGUUCCAGGUGCUGCAGCAGUUGUACAGGAGCAAGCAAGCGCCGUUGCAACAAUGUCAUCGAAGGAAAUGCAGGGAUUGCGAGAUAAAGUGAAGCAGUUCCGGGACGCCUACGCGGUGCUUGGAAGCAACUGCACGAAGCUGGAGAAAUUUCGCUCGGACAUGAAAGAGCUGGUUGCCAUGAGCUCCGCGACAAAGGGUAGUGACGAUGCAAACAGAAUAAUCAACAAGCUCCGCAUGGCCUUGUCGGAAGUUCAGUACCUGCCAGAAACACCUGACAACCCCGAUAAGGAAUCGGGCAACGACGCCGAGAAUGCGCUAGCUGACAAGCAACGAAAGGUGGCGCAGACUUUGGCGACAGUGUUGGAGAGCAAUCAGCAAUUGGAAGCCAAAACCAAAAAGAUGAAAGAGGCGCUCGCGGGAAUCGAAAAACUGAAGACGCGUUAUGACGGCCAAACAUCAAUCGCGAGCUUCGAAACUGCAUCGCUUCUUCGUGAAGUACGGCGGCUGGCACAGGAUGCGCGCGAGGCUGCAGCAGUGGACCAACCGGUUAGUGGUGCCAGUGCAGGAUCCGCUUCCGCAUCUUCUGCUCCUGGCGGAAGCGCGGCUACCAGCGGAACCGCUGUUGGCGCAGCCGUGAACCCAGCUGACGUGAUACGCAAAUUGGAAGAGGAGCGAUUUGCGUCGGAAGAUGUUGUCCGCGAGCUGCGCCUGAAAAUGUCCAAACUAGAGGAUGAAAACUUGGCGUUGUCACGUGGGAAGUCUGCGGGCGAAGCAAGUGCGGAAGCAACCGGGCAACAGCUUCGUGUACUCGAGAAGAAUGCAGAGGAAGAGAAAACGCGUUUCAAGGGCUUCCGUGACAACCUUGUGAAGUCACUCCGCGAGGCCCAAGAAGCGUCUGCGCUCGCAGCGCGGACAUCGCCAACCUCCGGCUUGCGACCCUCACCGCAGACCGGAAUGUAUGGUCGCCCUGGCAGCAGCAUGUACGGCGGGAUUAGCAGCACGUCUGGUAUGGGAAUGGGCAGUAUUGGCUCUCAGCCGACAACGGUGCCUAGGACGAUCUACGACAAGCUUGUGAGUGCAGUGCAGGCGCUGCUAGACGCAGAAACACAGCGCGGCAUCCUCGCAGGCGUUGCCACUACAACUGCGGCAGCGACGCCCUCUACCCUAACUAGCGGAGCAUCAUCAGCUACUGCCGUAGCCAAGGCGACCUCUUCGUCGUUGGUGGCAGGACUCGGGGCAAUGGCGGUCGCGAAAGCCGCUACACCUGCGGUUGCAAAGCCGGCUGGCGCUGUCGGUGUGGCGUUCUCUUCUGUUUCACCAACGCCCGCCCAGGCAACAUCAACGACCGGACUGUCGCCGCUACCUGUUGGUGGCGCACCCGCAACGGCAAGUGCGGCCACUCCGCCCGGGGGAGUCUCUCCAGUAAGUGCGUCUGUAGCCGCUUUACAAGACACCAUUACCAGUUUGUCUGCCGAAAACAACCGGUUGCGAGUCCAAGUCCGGGAUCAAGACACCCAGAUGCUCUCUCUUGUGCAACAGCAGAGGCCGCCGGUGCUGGAAGGCAGCCAUGGCGCCGCUGCUCCCGGUGACGGCGCAGCUGGCAAUGCGGCAACCCCACUGCCUAUUCCGACAGCUACAAGUGCGACAGUCGGCCCGGAGGGGUCAGCUGCAACUACUCCGACUGCAGCUGCGGGAACAGCAACAGGUGGUCUAACGGAUGCGGCAACGGUUACACCAACGCCGGCGGCUGCGCCGUCCAUCAACGUUACCCUGAGCGCUAAUCCGACGCAGGCUGAAGUCGAAUUGCUCGCGAAGAAACUGCAACAGACAGAGGAUCUCUACGCGAAAGCCUCCUCCGAAUGGCAGCGGAGCGUAGAUCGCGUCGCCGAGCUCUCCACAGCCAACGCCAAACUGGACAGCAAGUUGAAAGCCCUCGACGCUUUCGUUAAGGUGGACGGCGAGCGAUCGGCUCACGCGUCCGAGCUUUUAGGGCGCAUCGAGCAAAUCGAGGCUGAGAAACGCGAGCUAAAAGCUCAGCUGGGCGAAGUGGGCGAGCUCAAGUACGAGAUCAAAGUGCUGAACGCCGAGUUGGAGCGAACAGGAAUUCUGAAGAAGCGUUUGGAGGAGGAGUUGAAGGGUCUAGAGUUCUUGAAACUUCCGGACAGCAAGGGGGAAGAGAUCUCGAAGGGAGUCGACCUUGGUGCAGGAAGGGGCGUUCGCGAGUUGGUAGAAAAAGUUGUCAUCCUGGAACAUAAAAAUCAAGAGCUGGCAAAAGAUUUGAUGGCCAUGAAGCUGUCAGGAGUUAACGUUCCCCCGGAAGCUGAUGCAAAACGCCCCAAGUCAAAUAAGGGUAUGGCAAGGGUCAAUAGUUAAAAGUUCCUAUUCCAGGUCAUUCUAGCUAGAGGAUGAGACAAUAUGCACAAGGAAAUUCCGCUUCUGGGCAGAGUUGCACUUGCAUGCAGGAAGUGAUUAGUUGAUUUUUUCGUUACUCUAUAUAUGUUCCAGGGGUGGAGGCUCCCCCCCUGUGGAUGGAGCGGUGGUGGCGUCCGCGCGCCCUUUUUUCCGAGGUGGUGACAUGUAAGGGCCUCCGGGGGCGAAGGCCUCAAAAGGCGGAGCCGGAGACUCCUGGCGGCUCUCCGCGUCUACCCCACAGGCGUCCCGACUCUUGGGCCCUAUUGGGGGGGCGGCCUCCGGGGGGAGAAGGCCGCCGAAGGCGGCCAGGGUCGCGAGGCCUGGCCCCUUUGGCCCCCAUCCCCCCAAUGGGUGACAGCGUCCGCCACCACCAAACCCCCGGGGGAUGAGGACCAAAGGCGAGGAGGAGGGGGGGCAAGGCGUGCCCGCCUGGGUUCUGUCUUCGGAUAUAUGCAGCACGGCGAAAGGGGUCAAGCCUUGCCACCUGCUGCCCCCGGAGGCCUUCCACCUCACAAGAAACUCCCCCAUUGAGGAACCUGCACCCUGGAGGCUUGUAGGGUACAUGCAACAAGCCGCAACAAGCCAAAGGGGGCCCAGCCUUGCCAUCUUUGCCACCUUCGGAAGCCUUGCGCCCCCGGCCUUCGGUGCUUCAACGGCCUCACGGAAGGGGGCUCGGUAGGGUCCAGGCAAGAAGCGGGAAGGGAUCGGAGGUGGUCGCUUGGAGGCCUUCGCGCCUGGCAUCCCUCGGGAAAAAGGGUCCGGGGCGGGAGGCCCCCCCUCAAAAAUUUAGAUCGGGGGGGCCUUGGCGCCUGGAACAUAUAAAUAUGCAGUUGCAUAACUGAUUUUUUUGUGUUUGUCACCUUGCGUUUCUCCUUCUUCACUUUUGACACGGCGUCCUCUGGCACGAAAACGAGCCGCGCCAUCGGCCGCGGUCCGACCGAUGCGGAGAUGCAAAUUCAGAAGAAGAAAUUGGACGAAGCGAACAGGGUGUUUCAGAUUGAGCUGCAGGACCGACAGGAGAUAUUCGCGCGUCGUAUGAAAACGCUCUGCGCUGAGCUGAAUGCGGCACACGAGGAACGAGACGCGGCCAAGUUGCGUGAAGAAGGAACGCUGAAGAAACUCAAGUUCCAAGAAGAAGAAGUUGCAACUCUGAAAAAACAGGUCGCGAAGCAGGAUGAGAGGCACGAGCUGGAUCUAGCACGAGCGGGCAAUCUCGCGCACGACAUCCAAGUGUUCGAGAAGGGAGCGGAGCGCUACAAAGUGUUCAGGCAGCGCAUUGAGUGGUUCCAGAAAAAUUGGAUAGACGAUCUGGAAAAGCUCACGCAGCAAACCAAGACGGCCGUGGCGAAAGCGACGGCGAGCAAGACAACGGGGCAAGUGAAGGCGGGAAGCGACAAGGAUGCGGCUCUGGAUCACUGGAUUGACAGGCUAGAAAUGGGCUUAGUGUACUUGUCGAAGUACAUCGACAACGAGGCGUCCUUUGGCGGGCAGGGACGAGAGCAACUCGCCCAGUCGUCAGCGUUGAUGCGAGUGGAUCCCCGCUGUUUCACCGAUAUCAACCCCGUGGAGGAGGCGAUCUUAGCGGAAGCAACAAAGAAGAAGGAGGACGCGGCUAAAGGAAAGGGCACCGAAGAUGCAGCAAAGGAAGGUGCGAAAACAGGUUCUUCUGAUGACGGGGCAACGAAGCAGGGCGCGGCUUCCUCGUCUACCGACAAACCAGGUACAGGCGACGUCCCAAAAGACGGUGACGACAAGGCUGCCGACGGAUCAAGCGCAAAGGCUGCUGACGAGAGUAAGGCACAUGCAGCCGCAAAAGCGACUCCUCCCGCUCCACAGAUGAGCGAGGCGCAGGCAAAGCGCGCAGCGAUGCUGUCUGUGAUCACGGAGCCAGACGAAUUGCGCAAGAGGGCUUUGAAUGCCGAGGAUGACCUCGAGCGCGCAACCAACAGGUUUCAGCAGCGUUUAGCAGAACUCUCUGCGGUGAAUGUGAAGCUGGAGGGACGGAUGGCUGAGCUUGGCAGCGUCGUAAAGGUUGGCGACGAAACCGCAGGCGAGUUCUUCAAGAAAUUCGACGCUCUGAAAGAGGAAAACGCAGCGUUAUCCGCUCGAUUCAGGGAAACCGAUGUGGUCGAAGCGGAGCUCGCGAAAGUGAAGGUUGAGAAGGAGAAGCUCGACAUCCUCUACAAGCGCGCCGUGAAGGACUUGAGUGAACUGGAGAAGUCGCGCACUGUUGGCGGUGGAGCAGCGCAGAAGAGCGCGAGUACUGAGAGGCGGCUCGUUGAUGUCGGUAGCGGGACAAAACUUCAAGAGCUCGUCGACAAAUUGGCCUUCCUCGAAGCCGAGAACGAUGAUUUCCGGAAACAGCAGAACCAACCGAAAAGACAGAGUGGAAACUACGCCGCAAAAGGGUCUAGUGUGAUUGGUGGAGGGGGCGAUAAGACUCAAGUCGCCCUCCUGCAGAAGCGCAUUGAAGAAUUAACCCGUGUCUUCGACAUGGAGGUGGGUGACAGACAGGAGAUGUUCAACAGUCGGCUGCACCGGCUAGGCCAGGAGCUGGACAAAGCAAACGACGAGAGACGGAGUUGUGAGCGCGCGCAAGCCGCCGCCGAAAAGAAGGUUGCCGACGCAGAGGCGCUCUUAGCGAAAACGCAGGACGACUUGGGACAAGUCCGUAUCGCGUUCGAGCGAGAGCAGGAUAAGGUGCAGGCAGCGGGACGCGAAAAGUCUUCCUUGGAGCAGCAGGUUAACGUCCUGGGGAAAAAAGAAACCACUAUUGUUGAGCUCAAGAGCGAGGUCCAAGUCGUUGCCAAGGAGAACGAGCGCUUGCGGGACUGGCAGAUGCUCAGCCCCGAGAAGCAUGCAGAACUGAUCGCGGGUGUGCGACAGAAGCUGACGUUGGAAGGCAUCAGCUUUCUACAAAUCCUAAAAGCGCUUGACGUCCAGAAGAGCGGGCUUUUGUCUCUGCGCGGAAUCCAGAAGGCGGUGGACAUGCUGCCAUUGUCGGUUUCGGCACAGGUGCUGGACACCUAUUUCUCGGAACAGGCGAACGCAAGCUUGACUAACUUCCUCGACGGCGAGCGCAUCAGGUACGUGGAGUGGCUCGCGGCACUAGGAGAGGCGACAGUUUCCGAGUUCGAACCGAUUCCUCUCAAGAGUGCUGGCCACCUUGGGCUUUUGUUGCCAUCCGGCGCUCUGCGCGGAUUCUCGCUGCGUACGGCGUUGCGCAUCGUUUUUGCGCUUUUCGAGCAAGCUGAGCAAUCGAGUGACCCCUUUAACAUGCUCGUCCACGUCUUUUCCGCAUUCUUCGAGUUCCUGGAGCGCGAGAAAGUCAAAGUCUUAGUAGGUCAAUUUCUUUCCCAGGUUGAGGAUAGUGAAAAAGCCACAGAUAACAACGCUGAUGCCAAAUCAACGCCGUCUUCACCAGCAUGGAAGACCGCCGCAUCUUCCGCUGGGCCAGGCACGAGUUCUGAGACCGAGACGGUCAGUAAGGACGAAAUAGCGCGCCGGAAACUGUUAGAGGCGCUUGAAAGCGCGCUUGUGUGGACUCUUGACACAGCAUUUCUGAGUAGUCGAGGUGAGUAUGAAGCGCGUAAGUUGCGCUUGGCCGAAGAGCUAGAGACUUUACACAUGGCAAAGACAGACGACGCAACAGUGCUGACUGCAAAGAGCAAGGACCAGGGACCGGUUGCGCGACUCCGGCGUAUGCUUCUGAAGAAACAGAUGCGCGUGCGCGUGUUGUUUGAUCAGCAUUGCACGCGUGCAGGGUUCCUAACGCUCGCAGACUUCAAGCGCAUGGUGCGCACGGAGCUGCCGUCGACACCUCCUAAGGCACAGCAGAGCAAGAUACCGCCCCCACCAGGCACCAAUGCUACUAGCGAACGACAAGGAGCGGACGAUGACUCUGGAAACCAACCCGCAUAUUCGGAUCAGCUGCUAGAGUACGUUUUUGAAGCUGCAACACGCAAAGCGGGACGCACAAUGAAAGUCGGGAACCUGGCUGCUGGCAGCCCGACCGGUUUUUUGCAAUUCCGCGAUUUCGAAUUGGAAAUCAGCGGUGAGCGGUCCGAAACGCAAAUCCUGUUCCAAAAAGUGCGAAACGGCUUAAUGGAGAAAGCUGCCCGUACCACGGGAGAAGGCAUGAAGGAGGUUUCGCCCACGUGGUUUGCAAAAGCGAUGCCUCCGACACACGGAGACGACGAAGACCGCGGCACACAGAGUGAUAUGGACCACUUCCUGCAUUUCUCUGGCGUGAAGUGCAAUGCCCAUGAACGUGCUUUGAUGGUGGACGAGUGCCCCGGUAGUGCAGUUAUUGCGGCUGUCCGAAUGAGCAAGUCGCGCAAGUCGAUCGCAUCCUCAGCGUCCUCCGCGCCAUCUUCAGAUACAGGUGCAAACUUCAGCCGUGCAGAGUUCGCGUGGCGGGUGCGCAGCGCACAUCUUUUCACAACUUUAGAGAAGUUGAAGAACUGCUUCUUUAACAAUAAGUUGUCCCUCCUCGACGCCUUCUUGCAGGCUGACGCGGAUCGCGACGGCAACCUCACCUACAUCGAGUUCAAAGACCUGUUCGAGCAUCAGAGCUUGCUCAAAGAAAUCUCGAAGACGGAUUUGGGGAGUCUCUUUGAGAUUUUAGACGAAAAUGACACGGGAAUGCUGCCCUAUGCUGUGCUUAAAUCUCGUCUCUGCUUCCCCGAGGAGGUGCUGGCCGCUAGCUGGGGCGACGAAGCUGGCGACGCGCCCGAAGAGGGCGCUGCGAACGACGGAACAGCUGCGUCUGGUGCUCAAGCGGUGGUGCUGCCAGCCUGGACCGACACGCGAAGUCGGGAUCGAAUUGAGCGGUGGAAACAGGCAGCGCUCAGCGCCUUGAGAAACGGCGUGAUCGGGGAGAAUCAACCGAUCCGCACGUUGCUGCAGAAGCUUGACGCGAGAAACAGUGGAAGUCUGACCAGUGCGCAGUUCAGGAGGUUUGUCCAACAGGUUGUGCCAGGGUCCGACGAUCAGGCAACACAAAAGCUGUUCCAGAUUCUGGAGCACACGCAGCAGCGCCAGACCGACCGCAUGUUGCGCAACACUGGACUUGCGCCAUCCGUGAAAAUUGAUCUUCUCAUUGCGGAAAUUCAGUCGGCCAGGUGCGAGCAGGACAAUAAGGCCGACCGCUGGGUGACUGCUGGGCCAGCGGUGGCGAACAUUUAUCGUAUGUUGGAGUCGCAGAAGUUGUCGUUGUUGAAGUUGCUACGGGAUUUAGACCCACUUAGCACCGGUCGGAUUCUCUUCCAUUCGCUUGUGUCCAUGCUGUCCCGCCAGCUGAAUAUCCCUCUCGAAGAGUGCCGCAAGCUGCACCAGCUUUUGAAACUCGACAAGAAUGGUAUGGUUCUCUGCGACGACGUGAGCCGUGUAAUUCUCCGUGAAUUUCCCAAGAAGGCGCCCGCAGUCGGAGGACCCACGACAGUGUCCUCCGGGGCUGGAGGAAGCAGCUUGAAUGCGACUGGCGGUAGCGCUGCAAGUGGUAUGUCGAUUACCGCACAGCCACUACCACCUCUUGCAGCUGGGGCUGCCGCGCGUUUUAGUAGCCGCACAAGCGGUGCAGACCAGCCCACCGCGUCGUCGAGUGCCAAUCAAGCAGAGGCGAAACUGAAGCAGCAAGUCAUCACACUGGGUAAGGCGCUGAAGCAAGCCGAAGAACACAAGGACAUGGUCGAAAAGGAGCUGGCCCGUAUGACGCACCAGUCCGAGACAAGCGACCACAUGGAGGAAACAUUGCGCGAAAAAGAGAAGGAGAUUGCUGCCUUGCAGGAACAAGUCGAUAAGGUCGAGAAAACGAACAGUGAACUCGUGCUGGAAAAAUUGAAGUCAACAGAUGGCUACCGAAAGGAGCUCUUCGACAAGGAUGGCCGCAUUGAAGCUCUGCAGAAGCAAUUGAAUGUCGAUGCCAAAAAAAUCGUGGACGAAGUCAAAGGCGAAAAAAAAAGCGUAGAGAACGAGCUCACGCGUGCUCAGGAAGAAAUCGAACGCCUCAACUAUGAAAUGAAGAGAGUCAAGGCGGUACUAACUUUCUCAUCAUGCCUACCAACAUGAAGAGCUAGUUUGAGUUAGAGACAGCUGCUUGCAAAUGAUUCAAUUUGCUUCUUCAGGCGUCCUCCUUAAAAAUCACAACUUAAUGAUUCAUUACCUUUUUCAAAAAGGCAGGAUUCAAAGAUGUGAUAGUCACCUAGCCAGAAAGGGUAACAAAUUUAUCUCUCUUCACCAUGUUACAGGUCCGCCUCGGUGACGAGUGGGCCCAGCGGGAGGAGGAGUAUAUGACGAUCAAUUUGAAGGUGAAGCGGUUGGAGGACGAGAAGCGUGCGCUGCUUGGUGACAAGGAGGAGAUGGACAGUUCACUUCGACGUGCGGAGGCCAAGUCCAUGGAGUACUUGUUUGAAAGGACACAGUGGGAGCAAAAGUUCGCUCGUAUGGAGGACCGCAUCCGGGAUCUCGAAACCACAAUUGAAGUGGGCGAAAAAGCAGGUGGUGCUGGCAUUCCUGGGUCCAGUGCGAGCAAAAGUUCGGUCGCGUCUGCGCCUGCUACGGGAGGGAAGGCGUCAGCGGCCGAUGCGAAAGCGGCAAGCCGACGCGAGAAGAACUUAGAAGCAGUGGUGGAAGGCAUGGAAAUGGUGAUCAACAAGCUGAAAAAAGAUAAUCACCGACAGAUCCAAGAGUUGGAGCGAUUUCACCGUGAAACGCGGAAGCAAGGCGCGCUACAUGCCGAGAACGAACGCUUGCGUGAAAAACUUAUGUAAAAUGGGAUGGUCAUGUUGUUGACACAACUGCUCUUUGUUGUAGAGACGUCGCUAAGAAUAUAUGUACAUCCAUGAAUGUUUAGUGGUUUUUUCUCAUGCUUUCUCAGGACGAAGGGCAGGGGUAUUUACAUGACUGGCAACACGAGGGGAGUAUGACUGACUGUGUUAACCUGUCUGUUAGUACGUAAACUAUUUCCAGUGGUCCCUGUCACACCUGUCUUCCUUCAUUCCGGUAGCCGCAAAAGGUACGACUUCCGCAGAGGAGACGUUACAGUUGGCUGAGAAGAUCAAGAGCUUGAAUGACACUGUGGAGCAGUGUAAUCUGCGAAAUGCAGAGUUGGAGGAGAAGGCCCUGUCACUGCGUUCUGAGAAGGAUAAGGCAACAGCGCAGGUGGCGGAACUAAAUGCCGCGCGUGAGGAGGACCGAGAGGCCUUAGAUGUGGCGCAAGAGCUGAUGCAAGACGUAACAAAGACGGAAGAACGAUAUCGAGCCAUCGUGUCGGAAAACAAAAAAAUGCAAGAGAAAUUGGCGAAAUAUCAGGUUGAACGAACAAUCUUUUUGUUUUUAGUUGAUUCUUGAAGUGCCUACUUUUCUCAUGAUCGACGCAAAGGAGAGCUUCAGUACUACUUAAGUGGGCUCAUGAGGCAACUUGUACGAUGAAUCUCAGCGGCUGAGUAGAAGUGGAUGCCACUUCUUAUCAUCAAUAAAUAUUAGCCUGGCAAAAGCAAGUCUGAAAUCGAAUUUUCAAAUGUUUCCACAGGACCCUGCUUUUCGUGACCGCUUGGAGACUUUGGAAAUAUUCUGGUCGAGUGGCAACCCCUUACUGAAGCAAGCGACAGAUAUUCUUGCGGCGCUCAAGGAGAAGUAUCCUAGCCUCAGUAUUUCAGAGCGGCUGCUUGAGGCUCUCAGAGGUUUGGUGGCCGCGGCCGCCUGAGUUUGUAAGGGUAAGUGUAAUUCAUUGAAAGUCCACCGUGCACUUUGUGAUGCAUUCUAAUUAUAGCCUUGAGUAGUGCAUGUUUGACCGGAAAUCAUGGUAAGAUAUUUCAGUAGUUCUCUUGUAUCUUCGAUUUCUGGAAAAGUGAUGCACCCAUAGCCAAGGGUUUUUUGGAAAUUCAAUUACCAUCGUCCGAUAAUAUUAGAUAGAAGUUGAUGCUGAAGACUGUCGUGUAUACUUGAAACACAUGUAGAUCGAACACUGUAGCGCAUAGAUACUUGUAUCGAGGCCGCCAGUGGUCCUUUCUCCCUCCUUGUACGGAUUUCAUUUUAUUGGACCCCAAGGCCAGCGGGCUCCUUCCUUUCUCUUCUGUUCUUUUCGCAACGAAUGAAGACUGAAAUUCCUGGUCGCAAAUAUGAUUAGUAUACAUGAGUUAGUGUUUGUAUAGCUAUGGGCUGUCACUAUCACCCUGUUUUUGUACAUUAUUUUCUUGGGUUGUUUGUUGCAGCUAUAAGGUAGCAGGAAUGAUGCUUUUCGCGACGCUUCGUGCGCAAAACCGAGAAUGGCGACUAUUGACAGCAUUAUUUGAUGAUGAUGAAAGAAAUCCUCUACUACUUAUAAUACACUUUUUUACUCAUACUCCGAACAACAAAAAUAAUCACCUGGAACAGAGUUUUCAAGCUUGAUAUUGUUGAUGUUCUUGCAGUGGUCGGUGUGACUGCAAUAAGCAUUUUUCGCAUUCGUUUCUGCAAAGCCAGCAAACGAAUGUAAACCUAUUCUGCUUUGAAAAUUUAUUUUAUGGUUUCAAUAAUAAAUAGGGUUUAUAUUAAGAUCGAUUCUCAGUUUCGCCAAGGAAAUAUACAAAUGCAAUUGCAAAGUCUUUUUUAUGAUGCGAGCAAGAAGCUGGCCCAGUUAAGGUAACCGAUGGGAAAGUUGUGUCACUACUGUCAAGGGAUAAUAUACACGACCAGAGAUAAAUCAUAGUGGUACUACGCGAGCGCGUGGGUCUCGGUUGUUGGCAAAAAAGUUUUUUGUUUAAUGGAAAAUUGGUUCAUGCAGGAUCGACGGUUUUUAUUAACAGUAAUGAAACCAGCCACGCGGGGACGAGUUACACAGAUGUUGAUUGAGAUUUAGAAUCGAGUCUGAUUCGGGGAAGAGCGAACUUCGCAUCAAAAUGAAAGAAAGCAGUUGAACACCCAGUGACUGGGUACAUCAAUCACUCAGCUAUUUGUUGGUCAUUUUUGUUGAAGAAUGAAGGAAAUGAAUACUGCGUUUCGGCGAUUCUGGGUUGUUGUGGCAGAAAGGCAUAUCCACUAUAACUGUGGUCACGAUAAUGGGUUGAGAUGGUCGUGUUCAAUUUUGUCG